AUGACUGGGCCAUCCCCGCGCCAUUGCCGAGCCAUUGUCGCGCCAUUCAAGAAAGCCUGCGUCCUGCGUCCCUCCGGCUCUGUCCUUCUACUCCAUGUGUUCUACCAAUGCCCGCGCCAUUCCCGCACCAUUCCCGUGCAAUUCCAGCGCCAUGGACGUGAGCUGAUACUUUUCCGUGGCCGCUCCGAUGCUUGCGAAACCGACUACCGCUGUGCACGAUUGUGGGACAAAGCGGGAAGGAGCAUCACGAGCAUCACGAGUCUUGGCUGCGAUGGUCGCCUGCUUUCAGGCCGUCGCCUCCAAGAGACGCUGCGUGUGGACUACCUUAUCGUCUUCCCAACAUCGCUGGGUCUUGAGGCAGCGGUUGCAUUGGCCGAAACCAGCCAAAAGGGGCUGGAGACCGUGACAGUUGAGGCGACCUCAACGUGGCUGAAGGAAGAAGUCGCCCAGGUGGAGGCGUUACAAGGCUUGGAUGUUGCUGUAGCAACCAAGAGCGUCGUAUUAUCCAUUUCAGAGGAAGCUGCAGAGCUUGUACCAGAACACACUGCUGACGGCACCGCCGUGCAGGUUGUUAUUGGCUCUGUUGCACUUCUUUUUCCAGCUUGCCUCCUGGUUCUAUCUUGGAGGUGUGCUAAGCGGCUAGCGCCACGCGCCGUUCCACCAGUUGAGCUCAAGCUGGCUGAGCUUGUUGAGGUUUGUCCAGAUGUUCAUGACAUCCGACGAACAAGCCUUAUGGACGAUGUCGACUUCCGAUUGUCCGACGUUCAGGAGCUCGAGGCUGACUUGCCGGAGGCAUUGGCCAACAAGUCGGCGAAGCGCCUGGUGCCGAAGGGUCGUGCAAAGAAGAAAGCGCUGGCAGCAGCAUUGCUUGCGGAUGCCGGCAAAAGGCACAAAGCAAAACGACUUGUCCCAAAGCAAAGGAAGGUCAAAGAACAGACCGAGCUCGCAUCUGGGGAUGCAAGCGAACUAAAUGAGAUUCGUAUUGGCUUUGAUAUGCCACCUUUGAGCUUCUCGGGCUUCGAUGACGACAACCUCUUGGACCCACCAGAAUGUCCGCCUGAACCCUGGCUGUCAGAUUCCGAUGAUUCCGUCAGCCACAGCCCGACGGUUGUGCAUCCGUCUCCUCCCGAAGAAGAAGAAGUGGAAAAGGAGGAAGUCAAGCCAGCUCCACCGAGGCCCAAGAGGCUGAAGAAGCGCAGUUUGUCCAAAAAGAAAAAAGAGGUGAGAUUAUCGGAGGAGGGGAUCUUCGAGGAUUGGUUGGAGGAGGAGGGGGCAGUGGUGGCUGCGCCAUCGUUGCCAUGGGAGGAAGAGGAAGUAGUAGAUUCCACAGUUAAUGCUCGUGCUCAAGCUUCUCCAAGGAAGGAUGACCCCCAUGAAACAUGGUAA